GAUGACAGUGAUGGAAUCCCCUGGUCGGAGGAGCGGGUCGUGCGAAAGGUGCUCUAUCUCUCCCUCAAGGAAUUCAAGAGCGCCCAGAAACGGCAGCUCAGCGACGACCUCACAGAUGGAACCAAAGGCUCUAAUGGUUCUCUGAAUGGUCAGCUGAAGGGCUCAGGAGGGAAGGGAGGAUACAAAGAUGGCGGCUCCCACUCUAAGAACGCAGAAUCAGAGGAAGGCCCUGCUAAGAAAAGGCCACGGCUACAGGCCCAGCGGAAGUUUGCCCAGUCCCAGCCCAACUCCCCCAGCACCACCCCUAUCAAGAUGGCCGACGCCUCCUUGCCCACGCCUUCAGCACAUAUCACAGACCUCUCCCGCCGCAAACCCAAAACGGAGGACUUCCUCACCUUCCUAUGUCUGCGAG